CGGCGGCGGCGGCCGCGCCAGGCAGGGCUCCCCCGCUCCCCGCGGCCCCCAGCCCGCCCCGCCGAGCCGCCUCUCCCGGCCCGCCGCCUCUCCCCGCUCGGCCGCGGGCCCCGCCGAGGCGCUGCGCGCCCCCGCGGAGCCGCCGGGCCCGGCCGCGCGGCGCGGGGGGGGACGCGCCGCCACCGCCGCAGGAUGAGCGGCGCUGCCCGCGCGGGACCCGGGGAUCUUCUCUGGCUUUGAACAGCCAUGCUACUCUGUUGCCAAAAAUCAAGUAAAGUGAAUGUGUGCUUGAAUUUGAAGAAGGCGGUAGCUCUGUAAAAUGCCUGAAGCAGCUUGGUAGUGUGGUGGAAAUUACUCAUAAGCUUCCUAGCUCCUAAGAAGAAGAGAAGAAGGCUCAGGAGUGUGAAGUACUUCAGUAAUAGAAUCUCAAAGUUCAGUGUUCUAUGAGUUUCUAAAUGAUUUUAGUGGUGGAAGUUACAAACUUCAGAGACCUAAAGAAGUCAUCAUGAAGCUAUAUGUAUUUUUGGUCAACACUGGAACUACCCUUACAUUUGAUACUGAACUUGCUGUACAAAAUGUGGCUGAUCUGAAACAUGCAAUUCAAACAAAGUAUAAGAUUGCCAUUCAGCACCAAGUACUGGUUGUCAAUGGAGGAGAGUGUAUGGCACCAGACAGAAGAGUGUGUAGUUACAGUGCUGGAACAGACACCAACCCAAUUUUUUUAUUCAACAAAGAAAUGAUCUUGUGUGAACGUCCACCAGCUAUCCCCAAAACCACAUUUUCAGCAGAGAAUGAGAUGGAAUUGAAAGUAGAAGAAUCUCUUAUGAUGCCUGCAGUGUUUCAUACAGUAGCAUCGCGAACACAGCUUGCUGUGGAAAUGUAUGAGGUUGCCAAGAAGCUUUGCUCCUUUUGUGAAGGUCUCGUACAUGAUGAACAUCUUCAGCAUCAAGGCUGGGCUGCCAUCAUGGCCAACUUGGAAGAUUGUACAUACUCUUACCAAAAGCUGCUUUACAAGUUUGAAAAUGUGUAUUCAAGCUAUUUGCAGUCCAUAGAUGAUAUCAAAUUGAAACUUACACACUUGGGUUCUGCUGUUUCUAUCAUGGCCAAGAUACCACUGCUGGAGUGCCUAACAAGACAUAGUUACAGAGAGUGUUUAGGAAGACUGGAGUCUUCACCUGAGCAUGGAGGAGCAGAAAGUGAAGGAACUGAGGAUGGGAAAUCUCCUGAAUUGGUGCUUUAUUCGGAUGUAUCUAAAGCGAACAGUAAAUCAAUGUUAGCAUCAUUUUGCAAGUCAGUUGAACAUUCAGCUUUGGAAGGCACAGAUCCUGAAAAUGUAAAAGAUGAUAAGGAAUCUGGUCAAAAUGCUACUGUCCAGGACAAUGAACUGUCAGUAGAAUUGAAAGAUGAUGAUCAGCCUUCCUUCAAUGUGUCUUUGUUAGACUGGAUAAAUGUUCAAGAUAGACCUAAUGAUGUUGAAUCCCUGGUCAGAAAAUGUUUCGAUUCCAUGAGCAGGCUUGAUCCAAGGAUCAUCCAACCCUUUCUGGCAGAAUGUCGCCAAACUAUUGCCAAACUAGAUAAUCAGAACAUGAAGGCUAUUAAAGGUCUCGAGGACAGACUCUAUGCAUUGGACCAGAUGAUAGCAAGCUGCAGCAGACUGGUGAAUGAACAGAAAGAACUUGCUCAGGGAUUUUUGGCUAAUCAGAAGAGAGCUGAGAACUUGAAAGAUCCUUCUGUGCUGCCUGAUUUGUGUUUGAGUCAUGCAAAUCAGCUGAUGAUUAUGUUAACUAAUCACAGAAAACUGUUAGAUAUUAAACAGAAAUGUACCACUGCCAAACAGGAGCUUGCAAAUAAUCUGCAAGUCAGACUGAAGUGGUGUUGUUUUGUAAUGCUUCAUGCUGACCAAGAUGGAGAGAAAUUACAAGCACUGCUUCGUCUUGUAACAGAGCUCCUAGAAAGGGUCAAAGUUGUAGAGGCUCUCAGCACUGUUCCUCAGAUGUACUGUUUAGCUGUUGUUGAAGUUGUGAGGAGAAAAAUGUUCAUAAAACACUACAGGGAGUGGGCAGGUGCUUUAAUAAAAGAUGGGAAACAUCUAUAUGAAGCUGAAAAGGCAAAAAGGGAAUCUUUUGGUAAACUCUUUAGGAAGUCUUUUCUAAGGAAUCGUUUGUUUAGAGGACUUGACUCCUGGCCUCCAUCCUUUUGUACACGAAAACCUCGCAGAUUUGACAGUGAGCUUCCAGAUAUCUCGUUGAGUGACUUGCAGUUUUUGCAGUCUUUCUGUCCUUCAGAAGUACAGCCAUUACUCAGGGUUCCCAUACUUUGUGACUUUGAACCUCUUCACCAGCAUGUACGUGCUCUACAUAACCUGGUCAAGGCAGCACAGAGUUUGGAUGAAAUGUCACAAACUAUUACAGACCUGCUGAAUGAGCAAAAGGCCUCCAAUAGUCAAGCAUCGCCACAAUCUGCUACCACACCAAGGAUGGAAAGUACUACAGGAACCGCAAUUACUACCUCUUCAAGAACUCCUCCAUCACUCAGUCUUCAGGGUCCCCUGUGUCCUCCUGUAUGUCCCCCAGCUCCAUUAGAAGAAUUGUCUCCGGACAGCAUUGAUGCUCACACGUUCGAUUUUGAAACUAUUGCCCAUCCGAACUUGGAGCAAGCUCUUAAGCAAGGAUCAUUAGACUUGGAUUCAUUGGCAGAGAGUCCAGAAUCUGACUUUAUGUCAGCAGUAAAUGAAUUUGUAAUAGAAGAAAAUCCGGUGUCUCCUAAUGUAAUAAGUGACCCACAAAGCCCAGAAAUGAUGGUGGAAUCUCUUUAUUCUUCAGUUAUCAAUGCAAUAGACAGUAGGCGUAUGCAAGAUACAAGUUCUUGUGUAAAGGAUGUUUCAGUAGAAAAUGCUUCUCUCAGUGUUUGUGUGGAGAAGUGUAGGGUUAUUGCUCAAGACUCAAAGGUACAUUUAAGAGGUAUAAAAGAAGAUCUUUGCCAUUUCAGAACACUUGUACAAAGAGAACAGUGUGACUUUUCUAAUUCUUUAAAAUGUACUUCCUUAGAAAUAGUAAAUACAAUUGAAAAGGUAAAGCUUUCACUUGAAAAAACACUAAAUGAUAAACAUCAAAAUGAAUUGCAGUCUUUGAAAAGUGAGUAUGAAACUAAAAUUAAAAAAUUAUUGGAGGAUGGUGAAGAAAAUAAAAAGAAAAUCAAAAAGUUAAAAGGUGACCUGUUGGGUCUUGAAGAAGUUCUUCAGAAUAAGAAUGAUGAAUUUGCAAUAGUAAAGAAUGAGAAAGAAGCUGUAGUUUGCCUUCAGAAUGAAAAAGACCAGAAAUUACUUGAAUUGGAAUGCCAAAUGGAAACACAGAAUUCUGAAAUCAAGGAACUGAGGCAGUCACGUGAAACUGUACUUGAAGACUUGAAAAAACUUCAUGUCGAAAACAAUGAGAAACUGCAACUCCUGAGGGCAGAACUUGAGAGUUUAGAGCAAAGCCAUUUAAAAGAACUGGAAAGCAACCUACAAGCCAGGCAUUUACAGGAAUUUGAGAAGGUCCUCGCUGAGCACAAGGACUGUUUGGAUAAAUUAAAAAAGGAGAACGAGCAUAGACUUGAACAAAUGCAGGAGUCUCAUGAGGUAGUUAUGCAAGAGAAACAACAACAAGUAGAAGAGUUACAACUCAAGGUUUCAGAUCUGUCUGAUUUGAGGUGCAAACUAGAAGUUGAACUUGCCCUGAAAGAGGCAGAAACUGAUGAAAUGAAGCUUCUUUUGGAAGAAAGCAGAAACCAGCAACAAGAGACCUUAAGAUCUCAGGUUGACAAGGAAACUGAAAGCUUAAGAAAGGAAAUAGAUAAAUUAAACAAUAAAAUACAAAUCAGCAGUGAUGAAUAUCAAGUGGGAUUAUCAGAACUAAGGACUCUGAUGACAAUUGAGAAAGAUCAGUGUAUUUCUGAGCUAAUAAAUAGGUAUGAAGAAGAAUCAAAUUUGCUUAGAACUGAAUUAGAUAAAGUAACGCUUCUUCAUCAAAAAACUGCUGAGGCAGAAAAAAGACUUUCAGAGCAAAUAACAGAACUGCAAAGUAAGUUAGAGUUGGAAAUGUCUGCCCUAGAGAAGGAAAAAACAGAAAAAUUGUCUCUCUGUGAGCAACAGGAAAAAUAUGAAGCUAUUAUCCAUAAGCUAAAGGAAGAGAAAGAACUGUUAAUAUCUAACCAAGAACAAGACAGGCAGUUGCUUAUUCAGAAGCUCAAUUGUGAAAAAGAGGAUGCAGUACAAACUGCUUGUAAAGAGUUGGAAUUACAGAGGGAAGCUGCUGAAAAAGGGCUUUUGGAAAAAAUAACACAACUUGAGAUGCAAGUGAAUCAGAGUCCUGCUGAAUCAUCUGCUGAAUCAAACUUAGUCGCUGAACUUCAGGAGAAGCUUCAGGAAGAAAAAAUGAAGUUCUUAGAGCAACUUGAAGAACAAGAGAAAAGAAAGAAUGAAGAAAUGCAGAACAUCAGAACAUCGCUCACUGCAGAGCAGCAGACCAACUUUAACACUGUUCUGGCAAGAGAGAAAAUGAAAAAAGAAAACAUUAUUAAUGAUCUUAGUGACAAAUUAAAAGUGCUUACACAACAGCAAGAAAAAGAUAAGGAUUUGAUUGAAACACUUUCUGAAGAUAGAGCUCGCUUACUUGAAGAGAAGAAGAAACUUGAAGAAGAAGUUAGUAAACUGAGAAGUAGUAAUUUUUCUCCAUCAACCUACUUGGCAGCGGCAUCAGAAGCCUGUGGGGCCUGUGCAGCUGAUGUGCCCACAGACACAGAGAGAUUGGUUGCUGACUUUGGGGCUGAGGGGAGAAUGGAUUCCACGAUGGAAACCAGUAUGAUGGCUGUGCAUGAAAAUGUUCAUAUGUCUGAAGAAAAGCAGAGGAUAAUGUUGCUAGAAAGAACUUUACAGUUGAAAGAAGAGGAAAAUAAGAGAUUAAAUCAAAGAUUGAUGUCCCAAAGUAUGUCGUCAGUAUCCUCAAGGCAUUCUGAAAAAAUAGCAAUUAGAGAUUUUCAGGUUGGCGAUUUAGUACUCAUCAUCUUGGAUGAAAGGCAUGACAACUACGUGUUGUUUACUGUUAGUCCAACCUUGUAUUUCUUGCACUCGGAGUCCCUUGCUGCACUGGAUCUCAAACCAGGUGAGUGUGCAUCGGGUGCAUCUAGGAGACCAUGGGUGCUAGGAAAAGUGAUGGAAAAGGAGUAUUGCCAGGCAAAAAAGGCACAAAACAGAUUCAAAGUUCCCUUGGGUACAAAAUUCUACAGAGUGAAAGCAGUACCAUGGAACAAGAAAGUAUAACACAACAAAGUUUUAGUUCAUUCUGUCUCCAUUCUUUUUUGACUUGUCCUUCAGUGCUCGUUCAUCGCUCCAAAUACCAGGCCAUCUUUUUAUACUGAGGUCAUGUGACAAGAUACGUCAUUGAUGUACUGCUUUUACUUUUUAACAGGUGACAUUUUAGAAAUUCAUCAAAAACUCUGGCCCUAACUGCUUCGAUUUUUUUACCCAGAUAACUUUAAGAGUGUGGACCAAAUGAGUUCAUUUUCUCUAAGGGCAACCACAUGAAACAUGGUUUGUUUGCCAUGUUAAUUGCCUGUUAAAUAUACCAUUAGCUUGUAUUUAGAUGUUAAAUGUUAGUUACCAUUAUUACCAGCAUAUGUCCUUUUGUGAAAUCAUUAUCAAAGUACUUGCACUCUUUAACAGAUUCUUUAUAUGUGUAAAAUUCAUCAACUAUUUAAAGAGGGUGUUCAUUGCAUGCCGAUAAUCAUAUAAUUUUUCUUCAACGUGAGUUUGCCUCAGUAGAUAAAUAAAAAUAACUACUGCAGCUUGUUUCAUUACAUGAAAAUGCUCUUAAAUGUUAAAAAACCCUUGUAAUUUGAUGGACUGAUUUUGAAAAUCAGUCACAGUUAGAUCUGCAAUCUUCAAAAGCACUUUCGAUGGAUUGAUCACACAGAUUCUGAAGGGAAGACACCUGUGCUGUUUAUUCUCAAGGUGAAGCACUUGUUCUUCCCAACAAAACAGAAGUCUUGUAUUAAUCUAUUUAGAAAAAUCAUAUUGAUGAAAUUGUAUUUCAUGGUUGAGUUUCAGGAAAAAACUCAUUGUACAUUAACCAUACAAGAGUCAUUUAAGUAACAAAUUAUUGUAAUUGUAAAAGACAUGUAGAAUUUUAAAACAAUAAAGAUUUGAAACUGUA